AAGCUCUUAUUUUCCGGCCCUGGUUUUACUCGGUGUGUUUGUGUCAGACAUGGCGCACGCUGGCGUGUUUUUAGAACAGGACCAGUUUAACUGCUCCAUCUGUCUGGAUGUGUUGAAGGAUCCCGUCACGGUACCGUGUGGACACAGCUACUGUAAAGCGUGUAUUACAGGCUACUGGGAUCAGGAUGAUUAUUUGGGGGUGUAUGGAUGCCCGCAGUGCCGGCAGAGCUUCGCCCCCAGGCCGGUGCUGGGCAGGAACACCAUGCUGGCGGAUGUGAUAGAUAAACUGAGGAAAAGCGCUCUGAAUUCUGCGCCCACCGAGCCCAGCCAGGCCGCGCCGGGGGACGUCGAGUGCGACGUGUGCACUGGAACCAAAAACAAAGCGCUCAGGUCGUGUCUGGUGUGUUUGGCGUCGUACUGUGAGACUCACCUGCAGCCGCACUACGAGUCUCUGGCCUUCCAGAAACACCGCCUGACCAACCCGACCUCCAGGCUGCAGCAGAACCUGUGUUCCAGCCAUGACAGGCUGCUGGAGCUCUUCUGCAGGACCGAGCAGCGCUGCAUCUGCUACCUGUGUUUAACCGACGAGCACAAGGGGCAUGAUACAGUACUGGCUGCUACUGAGAUGGCCGAGAAAAAGGAAGCCCUGGCGGAGACGCAGAGGAAAUCCCAGCAGAGGAUUCAGGAGAAAGAAAAAAAUUUACAAGAGCUAAAACAGUCGGUUCAGUCUCUCACCCUCUCGACUCAGGCAGCUCUGGAGGAGAGCGAGCGGAUCUUCACCGAGCUGGUCUGUUGUAUAGAGCGGCGGCGUGCCGAGGUGAAGGAGCUGAUUCGGAAUCAGGAGAGGGCGGCAUCCAGCCAGGCCGAGGAGCUUCUGCGCCAGCUUGAGCAGGAGAUCUCGGAGCUGAAGAAACGAGACGCUGAGAUAAACCAGCUGGCCCAAACAGAUGACCAGAUCUCAUUCCUUCAGAGCUACAUGUCGUCGUGCGAGCUGCCCGUAUGUGUGGACGUUCCCAGCAUUACCCCGGAGCCUGGUUUUAGCUGUGUGAUGAGUGCACUGUCUGAAUUCCAAUCCCUGCUAGAGGACGUCUGCCAGGGUGGAUUUGUAAAUAUCUCAGAGAAAGUGAGUGAAGUUAUAAUCGUUCAGAAUAAUAAAGCAAAUGCUGAUGCAGAACCCGAAACAGUUUUAUUCCGUAGCUGUACCGGCACCUCCCAUCUUCCAAGGUUUUGUUGUUCAAAGCCCAUUUGAAGCUGCAGCACCCACAUUCGGUGGUUUCACGAUGUCAUCAUUCGGUUGCAGAUCUGGUUCCAGACUGAAACUACAUCAGCGUAGAAGACGGAGGUAGCCUCACCGCCCGCCACAUCGACUGAUCCUUAUUCAGUUUUAUUUACUUUGUACUAUACAAGCAUUUUUGAGUGUUUUUUUUUAUUUUAACAAUAAGAUAUAAAGCUUAUUUAACCCAGACGUGCUGCCACUGGCAGUUGUAAAAAAGAACUAAACAUGGCAGCGAGUUUUAUUUUUCUUUAUAUGUGAGAAUUUCCAGGAUCCCUGCAGAAUUAUUAUUAUUAUUAUUAUUACUGAAGUAUUAUUAUUAUUAUAGUGUGUUGUAUAAAACGGUGUAUUUACUCUUCUGUAUAGUAUUGAUGACUGCAGCUGAAAGUUUUAUGAAUUAUUUUGCACUUUGUGUUGAUGUGUGUAAAAAUAUCUGCUGUAAAGCGGUUUUACAAAAGCAGUGCAGCAUUGAGUCGUCAUGUUGAACUGAAACAUGGUUCAUCUCGAUUAAAAAGAAAUUAGUGAAAUAAUCAGUAAGGUUUUAUUUAAAAAAAAAGUGAAGCUAUUUCAGGAAUAAAAAAAAUGACAAGGUUUUAACAUUACACAUUUUUUUUUUUUUUUUUUUUUUUAAUUUUAUUGUUGAUUUUUUUUUUUUUUUAAUUCAUUUUCUUUACUUUAUCUGUAAUUAUUUACAUUUAUUUACUUACAUGCUUAUUUACUUAUCUAUAUACUUACUACUUACUCAUAUACACUUUUUGUCUGUUUUUCCUUUUAGAUAAAUUCAUUUAUUUUACUUUUUUAUUAAUCAUUUGUAUUAUUCAUUUAGUCAAUGAAUCAUUUUUGUGACCUUUAUUCUUUAUUUUUCUUUAGUUAGCUUAUAUAUUUAAUUUAAUUGUUUAGUGCAUCUGUGUGGCACAGGACCCAGGGUGAUAUUGACCAGGAUAAAGAGGCUUCUACAAAUGAAGAUUUCUUUAAAAAGAAAUGUCCUUUUUUAUUUUUUAUGUUUUUUGUUUAUUUUACGGGGCAGCACAGUGGCACAGUGGGUAAUGCUGUUGCCUCACAGCAAGAAGGUCCUGGCUUUGAUUCCUUGGCUGGGCAGCAAGGGCCCUUUCUGUGUGGGGUUUGCAUGUUCUCCCUGUGUCUGUGUGGGUUUCCUUUCACAGACCAAAGACAUGCGGUCAGGUCAAAUGUGUGUGUGUCCUGGGAUGGACUGGCAUAGACUUUCUUUUACUGUUUUUUUUUUUGGGGUGUUUUGUUCUGCCUUGUUAUUUUUCCAUUACCCUCACCUGAUUAAAAUGCUCUCUUCACCCUUCA